AUGAGGACCCUCGUGUCGUUCUGGCUCCUUGGAGACUUUCUGAAAGAUGCGGCGUUCCAGAAUGCCGCGAUGAGGCAGUUGCUUCGACAGUCGAGGCAGGUCGCGAUGGAGGGGGUUGAUGUGGCGCUGGAGAUUUCUGGGCUGGUUGCGCCUGAGCCGCGAAGAGCUCCUCCUCACGGCGCUGGUGACAAGGCUGGCGAGGAAAGAGCGGCAAGGCAGACUUGGGAGGGUAAUCCGCUACAACGCUGGUCCAUCGAUCUCCUCGCCCCAGUCGUGACGAAGCGACACGUGGAGGAAAUGCAGUGGGCGUGGAGUAAGGAGUUCUUGGUGGCGUUGUUUGUGAGGAUGUUGGAGAUGCCGGCGGGUGGGAGGUUGGAGAUGGUGCCGAGUUUGGAGGGAGGGAGGGGGGUGGCGUAUAUGGUGAUGGAGGAGGGGUAG